AUGCCUGACAGUAAAGAGGCCAAACACAUCCACUGUGGUGUGGGGCCAGAAACAAAAGUGCUGGUGAACGCGAACCACAGCUUUCAAACAGCCGACUACAGCUCCAACGCCCCUUAUCAAGGCGAUUCUGUCAGAACUUUUAUCGUCUAUGUCUUCAGCUAUGGAUUUCUGUUACUGCUCCUUCAUAUCCUGAGAGCUGUUAUCGCACUGGAGGAGGUCAUUGUCAGUAAGCUUGGAGACAAUGCUACACUGAGCUGCAUAUAUCGAGGAAGAGAAUUGUAUUUAAAAAAUCUGCGGGUAUAUUGGCAAAUAGCUGAUGAUCAAGAAGAGUGUUCAGUGGUACAUGCACUGAUCUCCGGUCAAGACAAUGAAAGUGAACAAUGUAUUCACUUUAAAAACAGGACUCAAUUAUUCUGGGAUAGAUUGGAAAAUGGUGAUUUUUCACUGCUACUGCUAAACGUCAGCCAGAGUGAUAAACAUACAUACAAAUGUGUAGUAAUGCAGAAAACGGAAUAUACCAAAAUGGUUCACCAAGCAGAAGUGGUUCUCAGUUUAGCAGCUAGUUAUAGCCAACCAAUACUCAGCGGACCAAUAAGAAACAGUGACAGCACUGGUGAGGAGGUGACUUUCAGCUGCAGGUCCGGCAAUGGAUACCCAGAGCCCAAUGUUUAUUGGAUAAAUAAAACAGACAACAGCCACCUGCCUCCAUCAGAACUAAAGAUCACUCCCCACGAUGAUGGCACUUACAGUGUUUUUAGCACGCUGAAGGUUAAAGCCACUUCUAACAUGCAAAUAGAGUGCUCCGUAGAAAAUAAAAUACUGCAGGAAAAUCUAUCAGCCAACUACACACAGCAGAAGCAAAGCAAUGGUUCUAGCACAGAAAGUCAAAAAAACCUGGAAAAAAAUGGACAAGGUGCUCAAGCAGCUGGCAUCAUUUCUGUUGUCAUUCUGAUAGGUCUUCUAGCUGUUUUAACCUGCUGGCUGUGGAGAAGGAGAUCCUCUAAACUAGUGUCCUACACAGAUGUCCAACCAAAUGAAGACAAAGGAGAACUCAACUCACCUGUCUAAAUGGAAAGUCUGCCAACAAUUUGGGCAGCUGAAGAUGCAUCAGGAGAAGCAUCUACCCCUAUCUCAGUGGCAGCAUUGUUUGUAAUACAAAUGACAGAUUUCUUCAGAGUGUGCCAAGAGAGAUGGCAAAAAAAAAGCUUCUCCAACACAAGAGACAGCAAAAUCCACUGGAUUUCUGUUCCAACUGCUGGCUGUGUCCACAGAACACUUGUGUCACCACACCAGCUAACUACUUUGGACAGUCCUCUGUUAUGUCUGUCAAUGUUUUGAGCUCCUGCACUGGGGAAAGCAGUCUGGGACUUAGCUACUCUGUGCCAGACCACUGAAAGCUGGUGAGUGCCUGGUCUCUCCUUUGAGUACUUAGUAGCAGAAGCAGCUGCAUUUCAGGAGCAUGGAAAGUUCUUGCUGUGUCUCCUUACCCUGACAGUAGCUACUGAAUGUGAAGAAAGGCAGCUAAAGAAAGAAAACUGAAGGACUCUCAGCAAAUUGAGAUUUGUGACCCUUUCCACCUUUCUCUCUACAGUACAUCCUUGCAAUGUCUGGUUUCACCAGCAGCAUGUUAUUGUGUACAAAACUAGGUAGAACACUUUGACCCAGUCCUUCAAAAAUAGGAAUUACUCUGAUAGGGUUAUGUGUUAACAUAAGGGAAUGUGUGUUCUUUAAAUGCAUUUGAUAUCAAUGUUUUGUUUUUUACCAAAUAUUCCACCGAAAAGGGGACUUCCACUUUUAACAGAAGCCGGUGCGUACUGUGUGAAAGAACAGGCUGUGGAAAUCUGACUAAUUAAAAAUAGUGCUCUCGGCUACAUUAAUGUAGGGUUACCUGGACUUACCCUUUUCAGGAUGGAACAAAAACUGUGGUCAAGCUCUGCUUGAUCAAACUGGUAGCUGAUCGUUAUUUAAGCACUCCCCUGUGGCUUCCAGGGAGGAUUUUCAACUGAAAUUUUUAGACUGAACCUCUCCUUGUGUCCCCUCCCUCCACCUAAAAGAGGGGAGCAGGGGGGAAGAGAAAAAAAGAGUGCAGACUGUACCACUGUCUUGUCCAUGAAUGUUCAGAAAGCCAAGAACUGCAGUUUCCUUGUGCCAGUGCACAUGCCUUGCUGUUUCAACCCCAAGUCAGCCACGAAAAACUGGUUGAAAAUAGCAAAGCAGUAAACUUUGCUGAUGGUAUGAGGUUUUGAAGGAGGAGGAAUCUAUACUAGCUCUCUUGCCUAAAUGGGGCAGUUUCCCCAUCUUGUCACAGUGGGAUAGAGAUGAUGAUUUUAAACUGAGCCCUGGAAACACUUUGCUUCUCCUGCACCAGUUGCUAGACUAAAAUUCUACCUUUUUUGUGAAUAAGUCACAGCCUUGUUUGUCCUAGCUCUGUGUAGGGGAGGCACUCCACUGUCAACUGUGAGAUAGGACAUUGAUUUUUUUUUUUUUUUUUAUAUCAACAUCAGCUUUCAAAUCCCAACCAAGUGAAAAUAAAUUUUGUUGUCCUGUUGUCCCAUCAUGAGGAAUCCAGAACCAUUUGGAAAUAGUACAGUUAGCUCUUGUUGAAGCACUACCCCACAAGGAGGCUCUGAGUUGGGUAGCUGUGCACCACCACUGUGCCAGUAUCUUGUGGGAGGGCUGCACAGGAUCAGCCUUCAUGGCAUUUAAGAGAAGGGGCAGUUUAGCUUAAAUUUCAUCAAGUGAGAGCUUACCAGUUUGAACAGGAUAGAGAAAUUGGUUUUAAAAAAAAAAAAA